AUGCAAAUGAAUUCAAACAGACUAAAUAACCUCCAUACCUAGCUAUCAUAACACUGGUGUAAGAAGCAUAAUAAGGAAUAUGUAGUGUACUGCACUUGUGAAGGAGUAUUAUUAUGCUCUGAAUGCUUGAAAUCAGUUCAGAAUAAUCACCACGUGGGCUAUCGACAUCAAAAGAUUUUUGUUUAAGACUAUGAAGCCGAGUUACGCUAGCAGAUUGAAGCUGCUCACUCUGAACUUAAAGGCAUUAUUCACAAAGUUGAUGAAUUCUUAUCCACUUAUGAAAAACAUAGAUAAGAAAAAAUAGAGGAAUUCUUUAAUAGUCUUCAUCAUGUUAUAGAGAGACUAAAAGAGGCUAAAUUAUCAUAAUUAGAGGAAGUUAAAUUAAGGAAAAUAAAGGAUGAGCUAUACAAGAAAGAAAGGGAGAUCAUCAAUUUUGAAGAGUUGCUUGAAGAAAAGAGAAUCGUUCAGCUCAUUAAGUUAAAUGAUGAAAUAGUUGAAUCCUCUGAAAAUGUAAAGGAAAGUGAUAUCCUUACAAACAAGCUUAUUAGACAUCUAAGGAAUCUAAACGUCACUUACACAUUUAAUGAAGACUAAUUGUAAAAUAGGAUGUUGAAAGUUAUAGACGAUUAGCUUGUUUAUAUCUCAAUUGAGGAUAGUAAAAAGCAAAAGUUCUUCGAGAAAUAUGCUCAAAGAUCUAUGUCGUCAAUGUAAAUGGAUAGAGGUAUAUAAAGUGAAGAAGAGUAUGAGUAUCAAAGAACCAAGCUAGAGUAUAUAAAGUCAAGCGAUAUGGCUCAUCCCCUUGCUAAUCUUAAGACUAACGGAGCUGUAUCUUCUGGCUGUGGCCCAUCAAAAGAGGAUUAUGAGCCUAUUGAUGAGUUAGUAGAUGAAGAAAACUUAGCAGAGUCAGGCAUUGCUAGAAAUACCUCUAGAGGUGGCCAUGGAACCUAAACAAACAACAUUUCAGCCUAGAAUAUUGCAUCUCCGACAAGCGAUGGAGGAAGAGUUGGGGGACUUAGAAGAUUUUUAGGAACCAAUUUAGAUUAAGAUGAGAUUGAUAUGGAAGGAAAUACAUAACCAUAUCCAAAUAUUUAAUAAAUUCAACCUACUUAGAACACAAUAAAACUUGGUCCAGAUAGAAUAUAUAACAAACCAGUAAAGAUAUUUAAGAAUUACAAUGGAAAUAUUCAUCGAGAGAUCCAUGAAAAAGAUGCUUUGAAUAUGUUUGAAAUGGUAGACUCUGCCUCACCAACUUAAAUGAUGUAUAGCAGUUCGUAAUCAGGAUCUAAUCAAAGGCCUAAAGUCAAACUGAACAGGUCAAAUUCACUGAAGAGUACUACUUAUAGACAUUAGCAAUCUCCUAAUGUGAUGAGAUAAUCUAUAUCUAAAGACAGACUUUCAAAUAUCAUAGAGCCUAGUAUAACUUAAGUCUAAAGCUAUGGAUUAUCUUCUGGCUAACCUGGCAGUCAUUUAACUAGCCCUAAUAAGACUACCCUAGCUCUGAGUACCAGUUAAACUAACUUCUCUCUAAAGAACUUCCCUGCAAGUGCUACUUCUAAGUUGACACCUUCAACAUCAUAUUUAAGAGUCGAAGAUGUCAAUAUUGCUGAAGAGAGAACAUACUAUUCUCAUAAAAGUUUUGUAAAUAGAGUGAAGGAACUCAAUGAAACUGACUUCAUUACUUGCUCAAAUGACAAAACCAUCAAAUUUUGGAAAACUACUUCUUGCAAAGAAUACAGAUCUCUGAAGGUUUCAGGAUACGUAUACUCAAUUCUCCCCUUAUAUAUCGAAGAGUCUCACCACUCUCUAAUAGUUAUUUCUUACGCUUUUGAUUAACCAACCAACGGACAUUUAAGUCUUUACGAUUUAAAUAAAAAUGCUGUAAAGGAGAGAUAUAAGAAUGCCCAUAAUGAUAUCAUUCAUAAUAUUGUACCUCUCUAGAAUUUAAGUUUAAAGUACUUCGCUACUCAGUCAAGAGAUGGUGAAAUCAAGAUAUGGAAGACUCUAGAACUGAUACCCAUCAUCUCCAUAUCUCAAACUUUUCCAUAAUACUUUUUUAUGACCGAGUGCCUUUGUGAAAUAUAAUUUGAGGCAAAUAAGAUUGAUUUUCCUACUUAAACACUACUUGCAAGCGCUCAAUACUCAGAAAACAAACUUAAGAUUUAUAAAGUAGAUAUCAUGACUAAGACAGUUGAGAAAAUGCUUACAAUAGACACUGAAGGUAUUUGCACAAGUGUAUGCUAGCUAUCUAAAUCCUACAUUGCCCUUGCUAGUAAUGAUAUAAUAGAAGUAUGGAACUUGAGGACAGAAAAAUUAGCAAAUACCUUUGGAGGCCACACUGAUGUAAUCUUUAAUCUUAAGGUACUUAGAGCUUCAGCUAGUAUCUUCGCAAGUAGUUCAAAUGACAAGACUAUCAGGAUAUGGAAAGCAAAUUAGAAAUAGUGCUUAAAAAUCAUUGAUACACUUUAACUUGGAGGAGUAUACUCAAUUGCAGAAGUUAAUGGAAAAUUGAUAACUGCUUGCUAAGAUCACACCAUCAAAUAGUAUAAGAUAGACUACUUAAAGAGAUUUCAAACUGAGAAGUUCGAUGACUAUCUUAAGACUGUUAAAUGGAGCAUUAAAAACUAAUAUAACUGCUGA